UCAAUCGCAUCUGCUGCAGGUAAAGCGGCCAAAGGACGGCCGCUGUGAGACGCAGCACCGGGAAACAUUUGGAAAGCUAGGGGAAAUAAUAUUAUACGCUCCUGAAGGUCGACUUUACGGAACCCCGUUUUACUUUUUUAACUUUUUUCUAACUUUGGAAACGUAAAAGUGUUUUUAAGUGUAUAUUAUUUCUUCAAUUUACCAAAAUGAUUUGGAGCCCAUUGACGGGGUUGCUUGUUGCGCUGUGCGUAAUCUGUGCUGUCCAUUGUAAGCCACAGAACUACGGACAUUCUCAGCACAGACGACAAACUCAGCAAAUACUUUACCCCGAUGUCUCAGACACCCAUUCUCUUACUCAAGUGGAAGAUACUUGCUAUGACAAAUACAACGCACAGACGUACCCGGUGGGCUCGACCUAUGAGAGGGCAAAGGACGGUAUGAUAUGGGACUGUACCUGCAUCGGUUCCGGCCGCGGAAAAAUCAGCUGCACCAUCGCAAACCGCUGCCACGAGGGAGGCCAGUCCUAUAAGAUCGGGGACACUUGGAGAAGACCCCACGAUACUGGCGAUUAUAUGCUUGAAUGUGUCUGUCUGGGAAACGGAAAGGGAGAGUGGACAUGCAAACCCGUGUCGGAGCGUUGCUAUGACAACGCGGCGGGCGCGUCCUACGUGGUAGGGCAGAACUGGGAGAAAUCCUACCAGGGUUGGAUGAUGAUCGACUGCACCUGCGUGGGUGAAGGCAACGGACGAAUAAUCUGCACAUCCAGAAAUCGGUGUAAUGACCAGGACACCAAGACAUCCUACCGCAUCGGAGACACGUGGACCAAGAUAGACACUAGCGGACAGAAGGUCCAGUGUCUUUGUACAGGAAACGGUAGAGGAGAGUGGAAGUGCGAGAGACACUCAGCCACCACUAGUGUUCGUACGGGAACAGGCGUAGCAACAGGCACGGGUACAGUAAGUACUCGCGCCAGGGUCCAGACCGAGCUUCACCGGCCCUCCACCCUUCCCGAACCCCCCCAGGAGGGAGUCUGCCACACGGACUCGGGCGCCACCUUCCACAUGGGCAUGCGCUGGAUCAGGACCCAAGGAAGCAAGCAAAUGUUAUGCACCUGCCAAGGCACCGGGGCUGUGAGCUGUGAGGAGAAGGAGGUCCAGAGCCAGGUUUACGGAGGGAACUCGGGCGGCCAGCCGUGUAUGUUCCCCUUCCUGUUUAUGGAUAAGACCUACUACUCCUGCACUUCAGAGGGACGUACCGACGGACAGCUGUGGUGUAGCACCACCUCGGACUAUGAGAGAGACCAACAAUACUCCUUCUGUACCGAGAAGAACUCCCUGGUGACGACCCGCGGCGGAAACUCCAACGGCGCCCUCUGCCAGUUCCCCUUCCUCUACAACGGGCGCAACUACACCGACUGUACCGCCGACGGGCGCCGCGACGGAAUGAGGUGGUGUGGCACCACGACCAACUACGACGGGGAACUGCACUACGGGUUCUGCCCCAUGGCCGCUCACGAGGAAGUGUGCACCACCAACGAUGGGGUGAUGUACCGCGUGGGAGACCAGUGGGACAAGCGCCACGAUCUGGGUCACAUGAUGCAGUGUACCUGCCUGGGCAACAACCGCGGAGAGUGGAGCUGCGUCGCCUACUCCCAGAUCCGAGACCAGUGCAUUGUGGACGGGCUAACCUACGACGUGAGCCAGACCUUCGCCAAGCGACACGACCAGGGCUACAUGAUGAACUGCACCUGCUACGGACAGGGACGCGGACGCUGGAAGUGUGACGCCAUUGACCAGUGCCAGGAACCUGAGAACCGCAAGUUCUAUCAGAUCGGGGAGACCUGGGACAAAACCAUCCACCAGGUCCUCUACCGCUGCCAUUGUUACGGCAACGGCAUCGGCGAGAUGAGCUGUGAGCCCCAGCAGACGUUCCCAGGAGGCCAUCGGCCUGUCCAGGUGAUCAUCACUGAGGCUGGGAAGAGGCCUGACUCCCACCCCAUCCAAUGGAAUGCUCCUGCGUCCUCAAACAUCGUUCACUACAUCCUUAAGUGGAGGGUGAAAAAUACCCGCAACCCCUGGAGAGAAGCCACAAUCCCAGGUAACCUGAACUCGUACACCAUCGCCGGGCUUCGGCCAGGCGUCACCUAUGAGGGUCAGCUGAUCAGCGUCUUGCGCUUCGGAAGCCGCGAGACCACCCGUUUCGACUUCACCACAACCUACAGCUCCCGAGUGACCUCUGAGGGGGAGACCACCAAGCCUCCAGCCGAGGUGGACACGUCCGAGUCUGUGACAGAGAUCACGUCCAGUAGCUUCGUCAUCUCCUGGGUGUCGGCCUCAGACACGGUGUCAGGUUUCAGAGUGGAGUACGAGCUCAGCGAAGAUGGAGCCCAACCUAGAGUCUUGACCCUGCCCCGUACCAGCACCUCUGUGAACAUCAUUGACCUCCUGCCUGGCCGCAGAUACAACGUCCAAGUGUACGAGGUGUUACCUCAGGGAGAGACAAACCUCAUCCUCACCACCUCACAGACUACAGCUCCCGACGCCCCUGCUGAGCACAGCAUCAACGAGGUGGGAGAGACCUCCAUAUCUGUCAGCUGGACCAAGCCCCAGGCCCCCAUCACAGGCUACCGUCUGAUCUUCACGCCGUCCGUGGAGGGUAGCAGCAGCACCGAGCUCAUCAUCCCCGCCACUGAGACCUCCACUACCCUGUAUGGCCUACGACCCGGCAUGCUCUACAACAUCAGCAUCUACUCUGUCGAGGAGACCCAGGAGAGUGAGCCCAUCUUUGUCCAGGUCCACACAACUGGAGAAUCAGCUCCAGAGGUAAUCCCGUCCCCGACUGACUUGCAGUUCUACGAGGUGACUGACACGAAAAUAACCAUCACCUGGAGCAGCCCGGCCAGCGAGGUGUCGGGUUACCGCGUGACCUUUGUCCCUGUCACACCCGGCGACACGACCCAGAGGCCCCUGCAGCUGCCGGUGACGCCCAACGCCUACGCCGAGAUCACCCACCUGCAGCCCGGCACCCUCUACCGCUUCAACAUCUACGCCGUCAACGGAGAAGUGGAGAGCGAGCCACUGACGGGAGAGAGAGCCACCAAGCCCGACGCCCCCGGCAACCUGCGUUUCACGGACGUCGGCGAGGACAGCGUCAUUUUGGUCUGGGAGGCUCCUAGGGCUGUUGUCACCGGAUACCGUCUUUUCCUGACCACGGAGGGCACCAGCCAGACCGAAAAGAGUAUCCCCGGCGGUCAAACCCGGUACCACUUGCGAGGACUCCGCCCCUAUGUCGAAUACACCGUCAGGCUGCACUCUGAAAAGGACAACGUCCUGAGCGAGGCGGUCGGCAGCGUCUUCACCACCGCGCCUAAGAUGGGAAAUGCCCCGCGCUUCACAACCGACGUCACGGACACCUCCAUCAUCAUCACGUGGACACCCGUCGCCAGGUAUAGCUUCAGGCUGUCCGUGAGGCCCGGUCAGGAAGGCGAGUCCCCACGGGACGAAACCUCAGACUCUGGGAGAGUUUUCGUGUCAGGACUCACCCCGGGAACCGAGUACACCUACAGCGUACAGCCCAUUUUCAACGGACGUGACCGCGGAAGUCCCGUCACCAAAAACGUUGUCACACAACUGUCCCCCCCCACCAAACUCAGUACGGAGUCGAACUCGGACACCGGGGAUCUGACUGUCCACUGGAGCGCCGCCAACACACCAGACAUCACUGGCUACAGAGUGACAUGCACCCCGACCAAUGAUCAGCGAGGAACCUCCCUCGAGGAGACUGUGAAUCCAGGACAGACCUCGUUGACUCUUGAGAACCUGAGUCCAGGUGUGGAGUAUAACGUCUCCGUCUUCACUGUCAAGAACAAACUGGAGAGUGUCCCCGUGUCCACCACUGUCACCCAAGACGUGCCCAAGCUAAAGGACCUCCGCUUCGUCAAUGUCACCGACACCACAAUCGGCCUGCACUGGACCCCCCUGGUUAACAUUACGGCCAUCACCGGUUACCGGAUAACGGUGGUGGCGUCGGGCGAGAGCGAGCCCAUCAUCUUGGACAUGGUGGACUCGUCGUCGGGCUAUUAUACGGUGCGCGGGCUGGAGCCCGGCGUGGGCUAUGACAUCAGCGUCACCACGGUAACAGAGGAAGCGGAGAGCGAGCCCGCCACCAGCAGAAAGCAAACCCAGACCGCCGUCCCCGCCCCCACCAACCUGAACUUCGGAGGAGUCGGCCCCGAUCACAUGAGGGUCACCUGGACCGCCCCCGUCGUCCCAACGUCCAGCGACAUCAUGCGAUUCGUCGUCCGCUACCACCCGGUCAGCAACGACGCCGACGUCAAGGAGGUCAACUUGGGCGGAGCCACCACCACCUACCUCCUGCAGAACCUGCUUCCCGACACGGAGUACAGAGUCAGCGUGGUGUGCGCCUAUGAGGAACGGCAGAGCAAACCGGUCACCGGCACCCAGAGAACCACCCUGGACUCGCCCACCGGCUUGGAUUUCUCGGAAGUCCUCACCAACUCCUUCACUGUCCACUGGCUGGCGCCCAGGGCCGUCAUCACCGGCUACCGUAUCCGUUACCAAAUGACCAGCGGAGGCAGGGCCAAGGACGAGAGACUGCCCCCGACCAGGACCCACUUCACCCUGACCAGCCUAGCCCCGGAGAAGGAGUACCGGGUCGAGGUGUACGCGGUCAACGGGAAAAAGGAGAGCCUGCCUCUGACUGGAACUCAGUCUACCAAUUCGGAUGCGCCGACCGACCUGGAAGUGACCUCAACCAGCCCCACCAGCAUCACUGUCCGCUGGGACGCACCUUCUGUCACCGUGAGGUACUACAGGGUCACCCACGGAGAGGCCGGAGGCCAAAGCCCUGUCGAGUUCACCGUCCCCGGCUCCCAGUCCGAGACCACCAUCCGUGAUCUGAAACCCGGGACGGAGUACACCAUCACAGUGUAUGCUGUGACAGGGAGGGGGGAUAGCCCGUCCACCAGCACGCCCGUCUACAUCACUCACAAGACCAAUGUGGAGAGCCCGACCAACAUUGAUUUGGCAGAUGUGAAAGACAACACCAUAACAGUUCGCUGGUCCCCCGUCCAGGGACCCAUCACAGGCUACCGGGUCACCAGCACCCCCAAGAACGGACUGGGUCCCUCUUUCUCUGAGGUGGUUGGCCCUGAUCGGACUGAGAUGACCUUCACUGGGUUAAUGCCCACUGUAGAGUACAUUAUUAGUGUGACCUCUCUUGGAACUGAUGGAGAACCUUCUACACCUUUGGUCAAGAACAUCUUCACAGAAAUGGACCGUCCCAAAGACCUGACCUUCUCUGAGGUGGGCUCCACCUCCAUGAGGAUUACAUGGAACAGCCCAGAUGGUACGGUGACGUCAUACCGUGUGAAAUACUCCAGCCCGGAGGAGAGCGAGAGAGAUCAUCGGCCUGCGCCCAGAGGGACAGAAGAUACCACAGUGCUGAAGAACCUCCUCCCGGGCACAGAGUACACAGUUAAAGUCAUCGCCCUGUACGGAAACAAACCCAGCCACCCACUGGUGGGCACACAAGCCACAGCUCUCCCUGCUCCCUCCACUGUGGAAAUCACCGAGGUCAGUGACUCGUCCUUCACCUUGUCGUGGCGCUCGCCCACCUCCAGCCUGUCUGGUUACCGUGUGGUGGUCAACACAAAGAACAUCAACUCGCCCCCCAAGGAGAUGACCAUCGCACCGGACACCACAAGGGCCGUGGUCCCUGGACUUAUGCCGGCAACUACUUAUGUAGUGCAGCUUUAUGCCUUGAAGAACUCCGUGACCAGCCGGCCAGUAGAGGAGGAGGUCACCACGCUGGAAACCAUCAGUACACCUAAGCGGGUGCGCUACUCGGCUAUGACAGACUCGUCCGUCAAUCUGUCCUGGCGCACUAAGGAUGAGACCAUCACCGGGUACUUCAUCGAAGCCAAGCCUGUCAGCAGCAGCCAUCCCACAAUCCAGAAGACGAUAUCCGGGGAGCAGCCCAGCUACACUCUCACUGGUCUGGAGCCCAGCACCACCUACACCAUCAAAAUCUACACCCUGAACGGCAAUGCCCGCAGUUCCCCCGUCACCUUCACGAUAACCACAGAUAAGCCAGCGGUUCUUUCCCCUACCAACCUCCAGUUCACCUCCCUGACCCCCUACUCCAUCACCUUCUCCUGGGAAGCCCCCGCGUCACGCAUCACAGGAUAUUACAUCACCUACGAGGAGGCAGGCACAGCCCGUCCACGGGAGCUCAUACCCCGCCCACACGCUGGUCAGACCUACGCCACCAUCUCAGAUUUGAGGCCUGGCACUGAGUACAUCAUUAAGAUCAUCGCUGUCCAGAACGUCCAGAGGAGCCCUCCGUUAGUUGGAAAGGCGAGGACUCAAAAAGACUCCCAACAUAACCUGCCUAUCAACAAGAAACCUGGGGGCCACAACACCCUUGACGUGCCUGAAGAAGCGGAAAUUACUGUGCCAACCGUGGUGGCCACUGGCACUCUGGGAGACCUGGGGGGGCAGGGCCAGCACGUGGAGUACACCGAGUACAACAGGCCUGAAGGUGGCCCCACCAACCCCCAGACACCCUACGGGAACGAAAACACGUACCUGGUCUUCGUGCCCCUCCCGGACUCGGAGGGGCGCCGGGUACCAGUGGUGAAGGUGAACGUGCCUGGUAGCUCUCCUUUUGGUUUUCCAGAGAACGAGGCCGGGGUCCCUCAGGAGGCCCGGACCCAGACCACCAUCUCCUGGAAGCCCUUCAGGCAGAGCUCAGCGUACCUGGUGUCCUGCAGCCCUCUGACGCACAUCAACGAGAAGAUGUUCCAGAUGCGUUUACCUGGCACCUCCACAAGUGCCACUCUGAUCGGGCUGACCAGCGGAGCCUCCUACAACGUUAUCGUGGAGGCCCUGAAGGGUUCCCUCAAACACAAGAUCCUAGAGGAGGUCAUCACCGCCGGCAACACCCUGUCCGAGGGCUCCACUGGAUCAGACUCAUGUUACGACACCUUCACGGCCACCUACCAUGACGUCGGGACCGAGUGGGAGCGAAUGUCCGAGACAGGCUUCAAGCUGUGGUGCCGAUGCCUGGGAAAGGGCAGUGGACACUUCCGCUGCGACUCCUCCAAGUGGUGUCAUGACGGCGGCAACAACUACCUUAUCGGGGAGAAGUGGGAGCGCCAGGAAGAGGGCGGCCGCAUGAUGAGCUGUACCUGCCUCGGCAACGGAAAGGGAGAGUUCAAGUGUGAACCACAUGAGUCCACUUGCUACGACGACGGUAAAAUGUACAGGGUGGGCAACCAGUGGCAGAAGGAAUACCUGGGAGCAAUCUGCACCUGUACUUGUUAUGGAGGACAGCAGGGCUGGCGGUGCGAGAACUGCCGUAGACCCGGUGCUGAGGUGGACUCAAGCCUGCUGCAGCCGGUCCGAUACGGAGACUCCACCUACACCCUACGCAAAGUGAACAUCCAGUGCCCCAUCGAAUGCCUUCGACCAGACCUACUGACAGAAGCAGUGGAAACAGGACACAUCCCCCAGAAACCCUAGAAUUAAACAACCCCCCCCCCCCCAGACAGAACUGGGCUAACAACCUGUGCCUUACUGUUCCGCUUAACCAUAUCCCAGCACAGCUACACGCUAUACACCAGUGUCUUCCUACAACCUUAAGAGAACCCUGCAAAGUAUGACAGUUUGGUUUUACUUCCUUUUAAGACACAUGGAAAUAUCAUGUUCACACAUAAGAAAUUAAAAUGCUGCCCAGUCUUUGAAUGGGUGUUCUACAGACUUGCUAACGUUCCCAUUUACCCGUACAGUAUUACGGUUUGUUCUAAUCCUUCUCUUUUUACUUGAUGAAAUCUUUAACUGCCAGAAAUCAAAAGCACUGUUGAGAAAAUGUUGUGUACAAUAAUGUAAAGAGGUUUGAAAUUUAACAUGUCUAUAAAUGUUUGACAUUUUUCCUUUCCUGUCGCUCCAGUUAGGCAGACAGGGGUAGCAGGGAUUGACACUUAUGAUUUGUUGUAAUUUUUUUUUCCAUGACUAAUCUGAUUUUAUUUAUCCCUUCACAAGUUGAUAAGUGUUCCCUUUAGGAAAUUGUGUGAAUGCAAAAACUGUGGUGUGUGAACUACUUUCUUUUGGUUUUAUUUUUGUACUGAAGGUGCCAAAGUUGUCAAUACCGUUUGGAGAGUCCCUCGUUUUGAUAAAGUUGAAAGAACCUCAUGAA